UUUACUUUUUGUUAUUCGGUCGUGUACUAAAGUAGUAGCUUGAUUCUUCUGUUACUUCUCUUUUGGCUUUUGCUCUGUUUUUCUCCACUUUCCCUUCUGCCCAACAAUUUUUAUCUUCCUGGCAGUUCUAAGUUACAAUGAAGGGUGGAAAAGGAAAAGGGGCGUUGAGAAAAGAAACAAGGUCUGCACUGAAGCCUGUUGAGGACCGAAAGAUGGGGAAGAGAAAGGCUACGUUGAAGGACGAUAAACGGAAGGCCAAGAAGGACAAAAAGGCCAAGAAAGAUCCUAAUAAGCCUAAGAGGCCUCCCAGCGCCUUCUUCGUAUUUCUUGAAGAAUUCAGGAAGACGUUUAAAAAGGAAAAUCCUAAUGUGAAGGCUGUAUCAGCUGUCGGGAAAGCUGGAGGGGAGAAGUGGAAAUCUAUGAGCGCAGCUGAAAAAGCACCAUAUGAAGCCAAAGCAGCAAAAAGGAAGUCUGAGUAUGAAAAGCUCAUGAAUGCUUACAACAACAAGCAGCCGGAAAGCUCAGACGAUGAUGGCGAAGAAGAAGAAUCUGAGAGGUCAAAAUCGGAGGUACAUGAUGAAGAUGCGGAGGGCAGCGGACAGGGUGAAGAAGAAGAGGAGGAGGAUGAUGAGGAGGAGGAAGAUGAGGAUGAUGAUUGAAGCUAUUUUGCUUCCAACACUCAGUUUUUGUACUAAUUUUCCAUCCGACAAGGGUUGAGUGAACAUAUGUGUUUUUUGCUGUAUUUUCUGUUACCUAGUUUGGUCACGCAGUUUGCUGAAACUCAACUCUGCUGGUAGUCAGUGGCAUCCACUUGUUUACAUAACUUGAAUGAACUUGUAUAUGUAAUAUGAUGAUACGUAAUAUAUAUAUAUAUGGUAUGUCUUUUAUC